AUGAUUGGUGUUUCUCGUUGCGUCUUCGUCGUUACCUCGGCUCUCCUCCUUGUGAGCGUUACAGGACAGCAGCCCAGUGGCGAUGUAUCAGUUGGUCAAGAGAUUUGCACAGCAGGUUAUGUUAUGGACGAGUUUUGCAUUGAUUUUGGGAAGCUAUUGGACGCCCAAGAAUUUGAAACCCUCAAUAAUCCUGAAGAGCACACAAUGCAUUGUUUGGUGGAUGUCCCUAAAUGCUACGAUACUCCCUUUCACAUCUUGUCGGCUCCACUUCCUGGUGACACCAUGAUGUAUGGGCCCGGGUGGGCUGUGAGCAACAACACUGAGCUCCUUACCUUGGGAAGGCAAAUUGGAGACUUGGAGGGUGGAUGCACUACUUGUGAUGGAACUGGAAGCCUCCUGAAGGGGUUUCGGGCAGAAGUCAGAGGAACAGUUGCAACCAUCGAUCCUCCCGUCAUUGAUGUGACUUCGGUCAGUUAUUUGGAAGGCGAUGCUCAGGGAUGUGCCGAGCUAGCCACGUCCACGAGUGACGCUAACGGAUCUCCCCAAGACGCUUCCAAUUCUGGUGGUAAUGUCACUUCUGAGACUCCUGAUUCUGGUGCCUUUGCCAAAGCAUUUUCCACUGCUGCUGCCAUUGCCAUGUUGGCGGCUUUCGUCAUGGGGAACUAA